GUCCGGCAGGGCGUUUACAUCUAUAAUUAUAAUAACAUUAUCUCAUGUCAAAGUUCAAGUUUUGUUAGUCUGUCGUCAUUUAGAUACUUCAUCACGAUGAAUAUAUACGUGAACUUUUAUUUUGUGCUGUUUCUUCUUAGUUCUGUGAAUUGUCGAAGCGCUCUGCAAGAGGAACUCAGUGUUGUAGCCGUGAAAGAGUUCUUGACAAAUUAUGGCUACCUCCCAGAGAGAAUCAAGGGCUUUGACUAUACCUACACAAAAAAGGCCAUAGCAGAUGGUGUGAGAAAGAUGCAGGCAUUCGCUGGACUGCCGCAAACGGGAGAAAUUGAUCAAGAAACUGAAAAGCUGUUCAAAACGAAACGAUGUGGCGUAAAAGACAUCGUGUCUACUUCCUCCAAUCGAGACAAGAGAUAUAUUGUGCAACAGGGCUGGGAUAAGAAGACUAUCACUUACAGUGUUUUAAAUGGAACAAGCACCCUCGAAAAAUCUCGGGUCGAGUCAUUGAUGGCUGCGGGUCUUGCAGUUUGGGCUCCACACGGAGGUCUGACUUUCCUUAAACGUGAUAAGAAACCAGAUAUAUUAGUUUCAUUCGUCAACAAAGAUCAUGGUGAUGGGUUUCCAUUUGACGGCCCAGGCCGUGUAGUCGCCCACGCAUUUCCGCCUCCUCACGGCGCGAUGCAUUUUGAUGAUGACGAGCUUUGGGCUGACAAUCCAGACGAGGAUGACGAAGAUACGACAGACUUCUUUGCGGUUGCAGUUCACGAAAUAGGCCACGCGUUAGGCCUAUCACAUUCGAAUGUAAAAGCAUCAGUUAUGUACCCGUAUUACCAAGUUCCAGUGGAGAAGUUGCAUGAGGAUGAUAUAUCGGGCAUGCAAGAGUUAUAUUCUUCAGUAACAAAUAAUAAUUCUAAAGAAGAUUCGGAGGAGACAACAGAGACAGUGGCUUCCCGCUCGUCUCUUGUCCCACGCUUCACGAAAGCUGAUAUAGAUGAAGAUGACAUUCCAGAUCUCUGUUUCACAUAUUAUGACACGAUACAAGUCAUACAGGGAAAGAUUUUUGUGUUCGAAGAAGAGUGGGUGUGGGUGUUGACGGAAAGAAAACAGAUAGAAGAUGGAUACCCGAAAAAGUUCCACGACGUGUUUAUCGGACUACCAAAAUAUAUUAAUGUUAUUAAAACGAUUUACGAGAAACGAAAUGGACAUAUAGUUAUAUUUUGGAGUCGACAUUACUGGGAAUUCAGCUCACGAUUUCGUUUAAUAAAACGCGGGAGAAUCACAGAAUACUCCAUCCCACCACAAGUAUCUGAGCUGACGACAGUCUUCAUAUCUAACUAUAAUAAUAAAACCUACCUGUUUGAAGAAGAGAGAUUCUGGCGUUACAAUGAGGAUACAAAAAAGAUGGAUAGAGGAUACCCAAAGAUGAUGUCUGCGUGGAGAAAAGUCCCUGCGCCGGUUAAUGCAGCUAUUAUAUGGAAAGGAGAUACGUUUUUCUUCCAAGGACCACGUUUCUGGCGAUUUGAUAACACAUUAAUUCAAGCACACGACUACUAUCCAUUACCGACAGCGCAAAUAUGGUUCCCUUGCGAAGCGACGCCAGAAAUGGGAAGAUACCUCACCAAUGAUGAACCCUAAAAUUAUCGAGCAUUAUACUUCAAGAGAUACAUAUCUAAGUGACAGGUUUUACAAAUGUAUGAGAUAGUUACUCGAGGAGUGUGUGAUCUAAUGCGGUUAUAAAGAGUUUGGGCAACAACCCGGAUUAAUAUAUGGAAUCGUUGAAAUAUGUUUUUUUAUUAGCAUAAAGGCACAUAUAUUAACUCAGAAUGUGAUCGUCACCAUAUCGCCUAACGUAUGCACGCAACUAAAGAGAAUCGGCAGUUCCUAUACGUCAAAGUGGCUAUGGCUAGUCAAAGCCGCGCUGUCGGCUCGGUUUUGGUAGGAAUGUCGCAGGAGGGAAGGGUGGAUGAAGUCUUGAGUUCGGGGACGACGAGCCGUAAGGGGGUAAAGCGGGAACUGCUAGUUGACCAUGCACCGUCGCAGUUCGGAGCCUAUUCCGAGGCGAGGCGAUUACGUUACGAUUUCAAUUUGUGCGCGUUGCAGUAGGUAGUUUCAUACAAACAAUACUGAACUUCUUGAGGUAAUACGGUGACGAUCCCUUUCCCAGUUGAUGUGUGCUUUGAUCUUAAACCUGUUAUGUUCAAUGAAAAUCUUGAGCAGCGCUUGGUGGACGUAUUUGGAACUAAACUAAAGCGCAUAUAUUUAUAUAUAUACAUUAAAGCCUGAUUCACAUUAAAAGGCCUUUUAGCCUUUAAGAGAGCACUUGUCAGUGACGACACGGUCAUAGAGAAUGUAUGUAAGAAUAUUUCGCACUGUGGCUUCACCGAUAUAUGCGAAGCAGCCUUAAGCGUGCGCCUGUCAACCGUGAGGUCGUGCGUUCGAUCACGCUUGUAAAACCUUAUACAAAUAUGUCUGCGGGUGUGUACUAUUAAAACUCGUACCGAGAAGAAAAAUAUCUAAGGAAGCUGGCGUCAGGUACAGACGAUGACUACUUAAGUAAAAUAAUUAUUUAACAUGUAUUAUUAAAUACAUGUUAAAUAAUUAUUAUAAGUAAUUAUAUAAAAAAGAUCCGUCAGUACAGACACCCAUGUAUGCCUACUCUGAAACGACACCUCCACCUUAUAAUAUGGAAUCUUCAAAACAGCUAAAGGUAUCAAAUAACAAAACAUACAAAUAUAUCACUUUAUUAGGAAUUAUUACAAUAAUAUAACAAAUAAUUGCGUUCGGUUAUUCGGCGCAUGCGCCGGAAUGCACAAACAAUGUAAACAAUAAUACUGGGUGAAUGUGAAAAUUGACAUUUAAUUGCAAUUAAACUGUCUUAUUUGUACAUUAAACAUAGGCAAGAGAUGUGAGCACCCAAAAGUUCAAUAAAUUAUAAAUGCCCGCUUUGUGUAUGUGCUUAUUAAUAAAUAGUAAAUAAUUUGUUUCAAUUAAGCUUG